AUGAAGUCAUCAUCGUCAACGUCAAAGCCACUUCACGGCCGAGGAGCACCUCCGAUGGGCCCCAUGAAGAUGGUGGAAGAGGAGUCGCAGUGCCGUCCGCGAGUCGGAAGUAUAGGCUCGCCCACUAAUGCUAGUCGGAAAGAUAGGAUAUAUAAUCAAGAGUACGAAGACGCUAUUGCUAACUUGGAGCAUCGACCUGUACCUGAUAUUACAGUCCCUUGGUUCUACGAAUCACAUAGUCUGUUCGUAUUGGGCGCAGCAAUGGUGAUGAUAUAUUACUACACGAUAAAGCACGGCGGAGAUGCUGAGACAAACGACCUAUCACAAAACCUAGUUCGUGGCCUUCCCUAUGUAGUAGCGUUGUAUUUGGUGGUCGGGCUGUUCGCAUUCCCCAGUGGUCCAUUUGUCCGACCCCAUCCUGCAGUGUGGAAAAUCGUCUUUGGUCUCAACUUCCUGUACUUGCUAGCAGUAGUGUGGGCGCUAUUCCUAACUCCUGAGCAACUCAGAAAUCUACUGCAUGGCUUAGAUCCCUCAAUGGGAGAGUGGCACCCUUUGCCCUUCUAUGCGGAGGACUGCGAUUUGACUUGGGGUAAUGUUAUGUCGAAGAUGGAUAUAUUCGUAUUUGGUCACUUUUUCGGAUGGAUCGCCAAGGGCUUGCUCUUCCGCAACAGAAUGUUCUGUUGGUUCUUUUCCAUCGGCUGGGAAUUCGUGGAGAAAUCUUUGGUAUUUGCUGUUCCCAACUUCGCGGAGUGUUGGUGGGAUUCAUGGAUCAUGGACGUUCUCCUAUGCAACGGUAUCGGUAUUGAGAUCGGGUUGUAUCUUUGCAAUUACCUUGAGUUUAAGGAGUACCAUUGGUCUAGCAUUUUCGAUGCUCCAACAUUGAGUGCGAAGCUGAAGCGUUCCGUGAUGCAGUUUACACCCGAGUCGUGGAUGCACGUUGAGUGGGAAGACAUGCUCACUGUGAAGAGAUACUUUGGCAUGCAACUGAUGAUGCUCGUUUGCAUGCUGGUCGACCUAAAUCUGUUUAUGUUGAAACUCAACUUGUACAUUCCCACUGAGCACCCGUUCGUGCUGGGUCGCCUUGGGCUCAUGAUACUAGCAGCUAUUCCCACUGUGCGCCAAUACUAUAUGUACAUGUUGGACCCCAAAGUCACAAGGCUCGGCACGCAGUGUCUGGUAUGCACUCACGUCUUUUGCUUGACAAUCGUGAGUGAGGAUGUUCUCAUCUUCAAGACGCUUCCUGAGCUUCCACCUAUCCCUAAGGAGAAUAUGGUGAGUUGGCUGGUGCCUCUUCAUAGUGCUGUACAUCCUAUUCAGCGUCUCGAUGCUCUUGAGGCGUGGUAG